AUGAGCAGCAGCAGUGGUAGCGGUAGUAGCAGCGGCGGCGGCAGCAGCAGCAACAGCGCGAGGGAUGCGCAACCUGAAGUGACAACAGCAGUCUUCCCGGCAUCCAACGGCCUUUCCGUGCCUCCGGAAUUCAUGGAUACGGGCCCCAACGCACAUCUGACUAGAUACAGAAUGCAAAGGGGCGCCGACGGCCUAAUAACCGUGACAAAAAUUCGCCCCAAUGUCGAGAACCAACAAAGGGCCGCCAGAAUCGCCCUGUUCCGCCAGUUGAUGGGAGCAAACGAGCAACCGGAACAGCGCAUCAAUUACGAGGCCUACCUCCGCUACUACGACGAAGGCGGCCGCUUGCCUCGCGACGAUGAGGAGCUCUGGGCAUUUAACGGCGAACUCACGUGGGGACGAUUUAGAACGCCCGAGGACUUCCCGCCUGGCGUUUAUUGGGACCGGAACAUCGUCAAGUUCUGCGAUGCAAAAUACUUGGAUGCGCCAAUGAUGGCGGUCGCUUGGAAGGGACAGGUCUGUUGCUGCAGUGGUCACCACUGCACGGGCGCUGAAGACUGGCGGUAUCGGACUCCGUGCCGGUACUUGUGA